AUGGAGGGUGUUGUUCCGGAUGAGCCGGAAGUUGAGAAUUACCGUGACAGACCAGUCACGAAUGGACCACCAGCUGCAGAACUUGCCACUCCUCCUGCUCAUCCUGCUGCUCCUGUUGUGCCUGCUGCUGCUGCUGCUGCUGCUGCUGCUGCUGCUGCUGCUGCUGCUGCUGCUGCUGCUGCUGCUGCUGCUGCUGCUGCUGCUGCUGCUGCUGCUGCUGCUGCUGCUGCUGCUGCUGCUGCUGCUACUACUACUGCUUCACGGGGAAAGGAUGGGGUUGUGGUGGGAGAUGGUGUGGGGGGAAGGGAUGGGGGUGCAGCCCUGUCACUGCACCACUUUGUGCUGGCGCACCUAGCAGUGCAGGCACCAGUAAUGCAGGGACCAGUGUUGCAGGGACAAGUAGAGUAG